GUUGCAGACAGACAGCCUACUUUCAUUCUUCAGGCGGCAUAGCGCGAGAAGCUGCAUACGAUGGACUGACUCGGCUUCCCUUGCGACUUAACAACGUUACCCAAGUUCAUGGCGAUUGUCGGAGUGGAUUUUUCGGACAACCUGCCUUCCAGUCGUGCUUAGACAUUGCAGUCUACGCCCUGAGGAACCUACUAUCGACCGCGAAGUAUGAUCAUGCAGCGAGUGCGCUUGGAGGUUGCAGAUGAGCUGCUGCCGCAUGCCCUCAGGGAGCACGGCCUGGCCCGCAGCUGGUUCUGCCCAAGCCCAGCCGCCGUUACCAUCGCGGACUUCGCAGCUGAGGUCUUCAACCGUUUCCAGCUGGGCUGUCCCGGCGGACCCUCGGCGCUGCGGCUGCUGCUAGACGGCUUCACGCUGCUGCCUGAGGCUCCCAUCGCAGUCCUGAGGGACGGCGAUCUGAUUGUCGUACAACAGCAUGCUCCCCUAAGAACCAUCGGCGGCGGCGGUGCUGUUGCGGCGCUGCCCUCCGCACUCCCCGCUGCUGUAUCUCCAGCACUGCUGCUGCUGCCAGCAGCUGCGGCGGCAGAAGCAGCCGGCAACCCGACUGCAGCAGCAGCAGCAGCAAACAGGGCUGCUGCGGGCGAGCGCCGCAAACGAAGACGAAGCGGAGCGGCGGGCGCUGCUGCGGGAGGUGCAGGAGGUGCUGCCAUUGCUGCUGCAGGAGGUGCUGUUGGGACUGCAGGUGCCGAGGGGGAGUUGCAGCUGGCGACGUGGGGUCGUGCUGGCGGCCGGCAGGAAGCUGGCCCCGGCAAGCUGCGCCGCACCGGACACCCGGGUCAACAGCAACAGCAGCUGCUGCUGCUGACGUCAGGAGCAGACGCGCUUAUGCAAGACGCAGCAGCAGCAGCAGUACACCCAGCAGCGGCGGCGGCCGCAGCAGAUGAUGGUGGGCUGGGCGGUGGCGGUGACGGAAGCCAGCCGCAGCAGGAGCAUGCAGCUGCGGACGGCAUGGAGGAGGAGCCUGGCUCAACGGAUGAGGAUGCGGUCGGCGAUGCGGUUGUAGCAGGGGAUGCAGCGUCCGGGCCGGGCAAGCAGCGGAGCCGCAGCGCGCGCCGAAAGUCUGCCAAGCGGCGGUUGAGGCGUCUAGGUGUGUUGCCGUACAAAGGCGGCGCCGGAGGUGCUGCGGGCGCGCCGGCUAACGGCCAGGCAGACGCAGCGCCGCCGGCGGCGAAGCGCGGUAAGACGCAAGGGCAAGUCGCCGCCGCAGCCGCCGUUGGAGGAGGAGGAGGAGCGGGUGGCGGCCAGGGCAGACAACAGCAGCAGCAGCAGCAGCGGCGGCAGGGCCAGCAGCUACAGCCGGCAUCUGGGGCGGGGGCGGGCGCCUCAAUCGCUGCAGAGCGCACCGCAGGCCUGAUGGCGGCUGCUCUGGCCGCCUCGCCCUUCGAUCCCAACGGCACCUGGCCGGCUGACAGCCUCCACCCCUCCUUCCACAUCCACGACAACACCCAUCCCGCUGCUACGGCCCCGGCAGCAGCAGCACCCGCAGCAGCACCCUCUGCCAAGGCGGGCACUGCUGCAGGCGGCUCAGCCUCCCAGCGGCCGCCGCCGCAGCAGCGGCAGCAAGCAAAUGGCAAAGCAUCGGGGGCCGCUGCCGUUGCUGCGGCCCCAGCUGCCCGGGUAGCUCGCGGCCCCGCACCCGCACCCGCCAGGACGGCAACUGGCGGAGGUGUAGGCGGGCACGGUGCUGCUGCUGCUGUUGCUGCAGUUGUGACGCGGGUAGGGGCGACUGCGGCGACAGGGGCGGCAGGAAAGAGGCCUGUUGGGGUUGGUGGGGGUGCGGGCAAGGGAGGUGCUACCGGGGGCGGCUCCGGAGCGCUUGGGACGGCUGCGGUGCCCCCUGGGCGUGCUCCUGAGGUGACGGCGGCGGCAGCGGGUGGUGGCGGUGGCGGUGGCGGUAAGAGCAGCAGUAGCGAGGAGAGCAGCGAGAGUGAUAAGGAGCAGAAGAAGCAGAAGAGCAGCAGCAGCGGAAGCAGUGAGAGCAGUACGGAUCAAAGCAGCAGCAGCAGUGAGGAAAGCACUAGCAGUGAGGAAGGAGUUGAGAGCGAGGAAGAGGCCGACGGCACCGUGGCGAAGCCGGUCCCCAACGGGAAAGCCCUGGCGGCCACCACCGCGGAAUCUGACACCAGCAGCAGUGAAGACGAAAGCAGUGAGGAGAGCAGCAGCAGCAGCGACGAAGAGGAGGAGGAGGACAGUAGCAGUAGCACCAGCAGUGAGGACGAGGAUGAGGGGGCAGACAGAGACGCAGGGGUUGCGGGUGGUGCGCCCAUUGGCAAGCACGCUGACGCGGCGACGUCACACCCGCCGCCGGCUGCAAGGGCGGCGGGGGCUCCAUUAACAUCGUCGGGUGCUGCCCUACCUCCGUACGACACCUUGCCUGCUGCCGUACCUGGGAGCUUUGCCGUGGGCCACGUGCUGGCUUACAAGCUGUUGGAGAUUGGCGCCGACAUGUGCCCCAGGGUGUCCGAAUGGCGUCAGGGCCGGGUCGUCGCAUGGUACGGCGCCACGGGUGAGGUGGUGCUGCAGCCGCAUCCCGACCCAGGGGUCCAUCCGCUUCGGGCGGAGCUCGACGCGCUGCGAGCCAAGCUGGCAGCGGAGGCGGCAGCUGAGGCGGAAGAGGAGGACGGAUACGAGGAGCGGGUUGGAGGGAAGGGCGCCUCGGACGUGCCUGUCGAGCUGGAUUGGGACGCGCUGCCCUUCCCCACCGAGUACGACCCCAAGGGCUUCCUGGCGCUGCCGCUGGCCAACUUCGCGGACAUCCGCUCCGUCACCGCCGCGGAGCCGGGAGGAGCAGCAGCACCGCCUACGAAGACUGCUGGGGCUGGAGCCAAAGCCCCCGCGGGUCCCAGGGCUGCGCCUGCCGGUGGCAAGGCGGUUGCGGCCAAGGCUGCAGCUCCUGCCUCCAGCGGGGGACCGCAGGGACCCCGGGGGGCUGCGGCUGGGGUGGCCGCCGGCAGGGGCAGGGCGCAUGUAGGCGCGUCCACUCCGGUAUCGCAGCAACGAGCUCCGGCGGCGGCCGCCGCGUCAGGCCGGCAGCUUCCCCCCACCGGCCAGCCGCCCCGCCCCUCCCGC